AUGGAAGGUGAAGGAAUACAGAACUCAUCUAUAAUUGGCAAUGCGACCGACAUCCACCUUGCCACACACAGUCUAUGGGAGGUCAUAACCAUAGCAACUGUGUCGGCCAUCGUGAGCCUGAUUACGAUAGUGGGCAACAUCCUAGUGAUGCUGUCAUUUAAGGUAAACAGCCAGCUGAAGACAGUCAACAACUACUACCUGCUGAGUUUGGCUGUAGCUGACCUCAUUAUAGGUGUGUUCUCUAUGAACCUCUACACCUCCUACAUACUGAUGGGAUACUGGGCACUGGGGAGUGUGGCUUGUGACCUCUGGUUGGCUUUGGACUACGUGGCCAGUAAUGCGUCAGUGAUGAACCUGCUGGUCAUCAGUUUUGACCGGUACUUCUCUAUCACCCGACCUCUGACCUAUAGAGCCAAGCGCACCCCCAAACGGGCUGGGGUCAUGAUAGGCAUGGCCUGGCUGGUGUCACUCAUCCUGUGGGCCCCUCCCAUACUGUGUUGGCAGUAUUUUGUGGGGAAAAGGACAGUCCCUGAGAGGCAGUGUCAGAUCCAGUUCUUCUCUGAGCCAGUGAUAACAUUUGGGACAGCCAUUGCUGCGUUUUACAUCCCUGUGUCGAUCAUGACCAUCCUUUACUGUCGGAUCUACAAGGAGACGGAGCGUCGCACAAAGGACCUUGCUGAGCUCCAGGGCAUCAACAGUUCCACAGACGCUGGUACCACCAAGCCCCAGAAAACCAUAAUCAGAUCCUGCUUCAACUGCAACCAGCUCAGCUCUGCCUCCCGGGACAGAACCCAGGCCUCCUGGUCCUCCUCCAACAGGAGCCACGCAGCCAAAUCAGCCGCUGCCACCAACGACGAGUGGUCCAAGAGCGACCAGCUGACCACCUUCAACAGCUAUGCCUCCUCGGAGGAAGAGGAGCAGCCCGUGUCCCCGGGGGUCUUCCAGCCCACCUACCGGAACCAGUCAUGUGGGCCGAGCACGGGUGCAGAUGGCUGUGAGAAUGAGCAGCUCAGCAGUUACGAGGACAUCUUCUUCCACACGCCUCCCAUGACCAACUCCCGUAAGAGCAAGAAGUGUGUGUCCUACAAGUUUAAACCAGUUCCCAAAGACACUACCAGCGGUGCCCAGCAGAGCAAGAAUGGGGACACCAACAUGGUCCCAUCAUCUUUCUCCUCAGCAGACUCAAUGAGUGCCCCACCCUCCACCACUUCCUGCAAGCCAAUAGAUGCAACGAAGAUCCAGCUGACCAAGAGGAAGAGGAUGGUGCUGAUCAAGGAGAGGAAGGCUGCUCAGACUCUCAGUGCCAUCUUGCUGGCCUUUAUCCUGACGUGGACACCAUACAACAUCAUGGUGCUCAUCUCCACCUUCUGCUCUGAUUGUAUCCCUGUGUCUCUCUGGCACCUGGGCUACUGGCUAUGCUAUGUCAACAGCACAGUCAACCCCAUGUGCUACGCGCUCUGCAACAAGACCUUUCAGAAGACCUUCCGCAUGCUGCUGCUUUGUCAGUGGAAGAAGAAGAGAGUGGAAGAGAAACUCUACUGGUACGGGCAAAACACUGUAGUGAGCAGCAAACUAACUUGA